AUGGGUCAGAAACCUGGCCGUCAAGCGCUGAAAAAUCCGUCAUUAUUUGACGAUCGAUAUCUUCGGAGCAUUUUCCGAGUUGCGCUGGCUUGGCCACGUGCUCCGUAUGCCAGUCGACCGAAUUCGAAGGGUUCCCUUCGUAAAACCACGCAAAGGGUGGAAAUGGGCCAUAGGAGGUCGAACCAAACUCAACUGCUCUGGUCAUUGCCGCCUUCCCGGAUGAGCCCCCGGGAUGGGACGCAUAAAUGGUUAGAGACAUUGUUAGAGAUGGCCAAGUCGCUCCCUCACUGGUGGUCGUUCAUCCAAACUAUUGUUUUCGAUGCCUCGAGCGCGCUGUUUGGUUGUUGGUCUGUUCGGCGAGCUUGGCAGUUGGACUGCAAACGUUUUAUCGCCAAUCGAGGUGACAUCGUCAGUGCAAGGUUGAGAGCCACUGGGAUGAUUUCGGUAUGUAUGGCUCGGAUUCCCACUGGUGUUCGUGUCGCCCUGCAGAAAAGUUCCGUCUUAUUUCGUGGAUCUUUGCAUGUUGGUCAGUUUUCUGGCGUUGUGAAAAGAAUCAAGCACCUUAACUUUGGGAUUUGGUCUGGUCUUGCCUUACUCAAGUGUUACCCACUCCAUCGCAUUAUUCUACCUGUAUCUUGUGAUACCUUCCAAUCGAGCAGCGAUGAAGUCAGCCUCGUCAAAUCCUCACGCGACCCCUACACAUGGUCAAGGGGCGAUUUGUUUGUCCUAAUAUGGCCCGAGUUUUUCUCACUAGCGUGUGCUGUCUUGGGCGCUCUGUCCGCGGCGGCAAUGAAUAUUCUAAUACCGAUAUAUCUUGGGGAAUUUGUUGAGGCGAUUGCCUUGUGGUCUAAUCGAGAUGGGAUUCCCUCGGGUGUUUUGCCUACUCUGAAACUGUUCUUAGCGUAUGUAGUCCAGUCAGUGGCCACGUUUUCAUACAUCAGUUUGCUAGCUUCAAUCGGAGAACGGAUCGCGUUCAAGUUACGAAAUGAUUUGCUCAAAACCAUCAUACAUAAUGAGGUCGCGUACUUUGAUACCCACAAUUCCGGGAAGCUCAUAGACAGCCUAACCGCAGACGUCCAGACUUUUAAAAGCGCAUUCAAGCAAUGUAUCUCGAUUGGGUUACGUAGUACAACACAGAUUUUGGGAUGUUUUAUCUCUUUGUUGAGCAUAUCACCAGUGCUUACUGGCACGCUGCUCAGUUCCCUACCUUGUGUGUUCCUCAUCGGAAGUCUUAUGGGUGCCGAACUGCGCCGUCUCAGCCAAAAGGCUCAGUCCCAACACUCGAUUGCGUCAUCAGUUGCUGAAGAAUCGUUUACGCAUAUUCGUAGUGUAAAAGCUCUCUCAAUAGAAGAACUGCAACUUGAACGCUACCGGAAUGAAACCGAGAAAGCGCGCGCAUUGAACGAACAACUAGGUUAUGGAAUCGGCGUGUUCCAAGGGUUAUCUAACCUUACACUUAACGGUGUUGUGCUUGGCGUGCUAUAUGUCGGUGGUCAUCUGAUCUACCGUGAUGAACUUAAAUCCGGACAACUCAUGGCUUUUUUGGUUACCACACAAACAAUUCAGCGUUCGAUGGCGCAACUAUCCCUGCUGUUCAGCCAGGUGCUGCGUGGUAGUACGGCUCUAAAUAGGAUUUUUGGGGUUUUGCAUGACUCCAGCCGCACCGAACUUCUUCCUCAACGCACGCAGUCGUUUACCUCAGACAAACUCUACGAGCAGUGGUCUCAACCAGGCCACGCUCCUGACCUCCAGUUUGACGCCGUACGGUUUGCAUAUCCUACCCGACCGGAGGCCGUUGUUUUGGACGAACUCAACCUGUCCAUUCCCGCUGGAAAUGUCGUCGCUCUUGUCGGACAGUCGGGUGCAGGUAAAUCCACUGUGGUCUCGCUGAUCGAACGGUUCUACAAUCCGUCAUCAGGUCGAGUCACUCUGGGCAGCCAUGACCUACGGGGUUUUUCGCUUUCCUCUUUGCGUGGCCAACUUGUUGGUUACAUCAGUCAAGAACCACAGAUAUUUAACACAUCUAUUCGGGAAAAUAUUCGCCUUGGAAAGCCUGAUGCCACAGAUCAACAGGUGGAAGAGGCUGCCCGCCUGGCCAACGCUCAUGACUUUAUAAUGAAUCAGCUGCCCAAUGGCUAUGAAACUCGAGUUGGACAAGGUUCCGACUCUGUUGCUGGUUUAAGCGGGGGUCAGCGUCAGAGAAUCGCCAUUGCGCGUGUAAUACUUAAGAAUUCCCCUUUUCUUAUAUUGGACGAAGCUACCUCAGCGCUCGAUGCCGAGUCCGAAGCGCAGGUUCAGGGAGCCCUCAAAACCGUUAUGAAGGGUCGCACCGUCUUGGUCAUUGCACAUCGGUUGUCCACAGUUCGUGGUGCAGACUGGAUUAUCGUAAUGUCACACGGAAAAGUAGCUGAGGAAGGGACUCACCAGGCUCUAAUGGCAAAACGAGGCGUAUACUACAAUCUGGUCCAAAGACAAGAGGGUGCAGAUAUACUGUCCUAACCAUAGUUGGUAAUUGUGUGGCAGAAGAGCUAUCACAAAUAUGUACAUAGAAUAACUUUAUUUGAUUUUCAAACCAUCGUGUUUUGUAUUCUUAUGUACUUUAACAGCGUAAUGUGAUACUUAGUAC